CCCACGCAUACAUUUAACCACGACUGGAGCUUCUUAACUAUUGCCGACUACGCCUGGAUCGCGAGUUGACAACAUCGUUGCCGCGCCGUCCUAGUUAAAGAACAAUCUGGAACACAAAAGUAAAACGAAAACUACACUGCAAUACUGGAUUAGUAAAACGCACUUUUAUUCCGUCGGGAUAUAUGUGCUUACGAUUUUAGCAGAAAUUUCAGGAUUUCCGCAGCUUUUUGGAGGAAAGUAAACCUUUUAUUGUAUAUACGUCAGUGACUUAAAGGAGCGAAAUGGAAAGGAUUACAAGUGCGCAACCUCCACCAUGUAUGGCAAAACACCCAUCGUUGGAUAUUGCUGACAUGCCAGGAAUGGAUUUUACUUUCCCCUGUGUGUACAAACCUCGGAGGGGAAUGAAACGUGGAGAAGACAGCAAGGACACAUACAAGCUGCCUCAUCGAUUAAUUGAGAAGAAGAGGCGCGACAGAAUUAACGAGUGUAUCGCUCAACUAAAAGAUUUGUUGCCAGAACACCUUAAACUCACAACUCUUGGCCAUUUGGAGAAAGCAGUGGUGCUGGAGCUCACCCUAAAGCAUGUGAAAGCUCUCAACAGCCUGUUGGAGCAACAGCAACAAAAAAUCAUUUCAUUGCAGAAUGGCAUGCAAAUAGGUGAGCAGGGCAGUGCAUCCUCAGAGAGCAGUGAGGAAAUGUUCCGAUCCGGGUUCCACUUGUGUGCCAAGGAGGUUCUGCAGUAUUUGGCCAAUCAGGAAAACAUCCGAGACCUGACCCCCUCUCACAUGCUCAACCACCUACACAAAGUGGCGGCUGAGGUUCUCCGGAGUUCCCCCAGUCUUUGUGUGGAAGAGUCUGUCCACAAAGUGCAAGAGAGCAGGGAGAAACCUGUUUGUCCUCAGCCCAAAGCCAUGGAAGUUCACGCGAAAAACUGCGUGCCCGUCAUUCGAAGGACUUUUCCCCAGGGCAGUGGGGAGCAGAGCGGAAGUGACACAGACACUGACAGUGGGUAUGGGGGAGAGCUGGAUAAACGUGACCCCAAAGUCCAGAGGCCGAGCUACUACAGCAAGGAAGGGGAACUGAAGUACGCCCUGACCGAGAGGACAGGAGGGAUCAAGCAGGAGAGCGACGAACCCCAAGCCAAGCGACAGAGAUCUGACUCCUCUGAGGAUGAGUCUCUUUCAGGGCACGACGUGGUCGGAGGUCACGGCAGCUACGUCAGCUUCUCCCCACAUCAACCCCCGUUCUGCAUGCCCUUCUACCUCAUCCCCCCAACAGCGGCAGCUGCAGCAGCCUACCUCCCCGUGCUUGAAAAAUGCUGGUACCCAGGGGGCAUGCCUGUGUUAUACCCUGGCAUGGGUGGUUCUCCACCGGGCUUGUCUCCAGAAAAACUGACCGCGCCCCUCGUCAUGUCACCGAGAGUGGGCUCCCCUGUUUCUCCGCAAACACCUAUGGACUCUCCGGCCCUGCUCCAAGCUCUCAAACAAGUUCCUCCUUUGAACUUGGAAACCAAAGACUGAUUUCUUUUCACACACAUAAAAAAAAAAA